AGUUGUUGAAAUUGUACAGUGGAGGAGAGAGAGAGACAACUGGCUGUAUAAUUCUGUCCUGCUGAGAAGCCAAUGCUAGAAAACAAACGGAAAAAGCGAAAGCUAGGUUGCCGAGGGUAAAUAUAUCCUUCAAGAACAGUCCAACAUUACCCCCACCCCAGAUCUUUGCUUUGCUUGCCUCAAGCACAAGGAAUUUUUAAGAAGGAAAUAACCAUUUGUUCUAUAAUCCCAUUUCAGCCCUAAAUGCUAAGGCAAAGGCCCUUCCUUUGCUUUUCUCUCUGUCUAUUCACCAUCAGUAUGUGAAAUUUGGGGUGGUGGGUAGGUGGGCUAGAAUUGAGCUCAUUCUUGGGAAUUUUUUUUUUCCUGGUCCAACUUAUUAGACCCACUAAAAUUCUACAUGAAGCAGUGAUGUAAAGAGGAAGAGGAAGUAAAACCAACUUCAUUUCUACAUUUUCUUGAUUUUUUUUUAUUUAUUGCAACUUCAAUUUAUCACAAUGAGGAAACAUGGAUGGCAGCUUCCCUACCAUCCUCUCCAGGUGGUAGCUGUUGCAGUAUUUCUAGCAUUGGGGUUUUCUUUCUAUGUUUUCUUUGCUCCAUUUGUGGGAAAACAAUUGUUUCAAAACAUAGUGAUGGGGAUUUACACUCCUCUUAUUAUAGGUGUCUUCAGCCUGUUCAUUUGGUGCGCAGCUGCUGAUCCUGCAGAUCCGGGAGUCUUUAGGUCCAAAAAAUAUCUUAAAAUUCGCGACAGCAAAAAGCAUGUCGGAUUGAACGAGUCUAAACUUGGUGCAGAAUCAACUUCUUCAAUACAAGAUGGCUGUGCAGGCAUACCAGGAGAAAAAGCUUUUGAUAAAAGUAACAUCAGUAUCGAUAAAAGAGCUGAAUGUACUUCUGAAAGUGAUAAGAAGAACAUGCCGUCCCGUCAAGUCUCCUACUUUAUGGCAAUCCUUGCUUUUUUACCUUGUGCUUAUGUUUGUGACUUAGAUGAAGAAUCUUCCGAGCAACAAAUGAGCGAAGAUGGCAUGUUCUACUGUAGUUUGUGUGAAGUAGAGGUUUUCAAGUACAGCAAGCAUUGCAGAGUCUGUGACAAGUGUGUUGAUCGGUUCGAUCAUCAUUGCAGGUGGCUCAACAAUUGCAUAGGAAGAAGGAACUACCGAAAAUUCUUUACACUCAUGGUGUCUGCCCUUCUCCUGAUUAUAUUCCAAUGGUCGACUGGAAUCUUUGUACUCGUACGGUGUUUUCUUGAGAGAAAGAAAUACUCUGUGGACAUCAGCUCCAAGUUAGGAAGCAGUUUUACAGUGGUUCCCUUUGUGAUUGUUGUGGCAGUAUGCACCAUAUUGGCUAUGAUCGCAACCUUGCCACUUACUCAGCUGUUCUUCUUUCACAUUCUUCUAAUAAAGAAGGGAAUUAGUACAUAUGACUAUAUCAUUGCUUUGAGGGAACAAGAGCAACUAGCUGCCGCAGGUCAGCAAAGUCCUCAGAUGUCUACCCGUAGCUCUCUUACUGGUUUAAGCAGUGCAAGCUCCUUUAACACCUUCCACCGCGCUGCAUGGUGCACGCCUCCACGCCUUUUUGUUGAAGAUCAGUUUGAUGUAGUUCCUCCAGACAAUGUAUCUGUCAGUUCACUAGGGAAAAGGACAGUGAUUGAGGAAAUGACGAAGAAAAAGAAUCCUGCUGUAAAGAUCAGUCCAUGGACACUGGCAAGAUUGAAUGCAGAAGAGGUUUCAAAGGCUGCUGCAGAGGCAAGAAAGAAGUCGAAAAUUCUGCAGCCUGUAGCAAGACGUGAUGGGACAUAUUCCCUUGAAACUGACGGUACGUUUGGCAGUAGUGGACGUCGACUGGCCCCCAGACUUGAUAAUAAUAGAAAACGGGGUAGCCAACGGAUUCGCCUUCCUACUGACUUGCCGUUUGAUCCUCACUACAAGAUUUCAAAUGAAAAUGCAGAAAAUAGGGAUUAUGUGAUUCCUGAGGCAUCAGCUGGUUUGGUCUCUCUUCAACAUGAAGCUCCAAGUGCUUUACGAACGAGCAGAGCUAUGCCGACCUCAGCUCACAUUGUUGCUUCUUCUCCGGAGAGUAGCUUGGAUUCUCCCGAUCUUCACCCUUUCCGUGCCUCCUCAUCAGGUGCUGAAGAAGCAGGGCAGUUCGUUGGGCUGUCGACAUCUGGCAUGGCUUUUAGAAAGGGAAUUCCAUUCUCGAGAUCAACUAGUGAUGGAUACGAGGCAUCGGGUGGGGAAGACAGUGACCAAAUACCCUCCAGAAUUGUUCAGAGAUCGACUAACUGGAGUAGCCUUCUGUUUCCCUCUGAGCAGCACAGGACAAUCGCAAAACUGCCUAUGCCAUCAUCUUCAUCUGCCUUGUCAAAUCACAGGAAAAUUUGAAAAAUCCUUCAAAUUGUUAAAUUUUUUUCAUUUGUUCUAGUUUAAAUAGACUUGGCUACUUGAUUUGCCUUGUUCAAUUCCUUUGUUUAUGGCUUUCUGAAACUUUUGGUUGGAAAAUGUUGACAUGCUGUAAAGGGGGGUGCUCGAAAGGUUCGAUAAUUCUAUUUUAGAUGCAUCAUCAAAGGAGUCUUCGUCCUGUAAAUUUUUCGUCCAAGACAAUUCCCUUCCUUGCAUAGAUUCUAUUUGUUUCAGUGUUUU